AUGCUGUCAUGCUACCAUGCUGUCCUCCUGUCCUCCUGUCCUCCUGUCCUCCUGUCCUCCUGUCCUCCUGUCCUCCUGCUCCUCUAUCCUGUUACCCCGACAAUCACCUUCGGCCCAAACUCCGAGCUGGAUGAGUACAACAUCUCCAUGCAAAACAGCCUCGCGCGGCAGAUCCACGACACGGAGCAGCUCCUGGAGCACCACUCGACGGAUCGCCCCGAUGCCGCCUCCCCCGACCAGGCGGCCAUCACCGCUGCCCUUGGGCAUCUACGCCAGGCGUUUGACGCCCUCCGCGGUGCCGGGUCGUCGACUGCCGCCGCCGGCGGGCGCGAUGCCAGCACCAGCACCAACGGUGGCGGCGGCGGCGGCGGCGGCGGCGGGAGCAGUGGUGGUGGCAAUGGCGGCCGGGACAGCGGCGGCCGCGCUGAUGGCCAGGUUUCUCGGCCACCUCCGCCACCUCCGCCGCCCGCCCCUCCCGGGCCGGCCUCAUCAACCGGCUCGGCCCGCUCAGUGCCGGUCACCGAGGCCCGGCCAUCGGCCACCGAUGACGGCUGCCUCCUCUCCAUGGAGUCGCACUCCUCCUCCGGCAUGGCCGAACCCCCCACCCCCAGCAACAGCGGCGCCGGCGCCGGUGCGCCUUCUCCGCCCCCGCCCGGGAGUGCUGCCCCCUUGAUGGAUCCUGCUCCUGCUGCCCCUGCCAUUGCUCCUGCGACCACGGAUGAUGGCGCAGCCUCGGCCGCGGCCGGCAGCCCGGCAGGCCGCUCGGGCCGUGAAUCGGGCUCUCGCUCGGCCAACUCAUCGCCCUCCCCCUCGCCAAGCCCCUCCACGCAGUUUGUCCAGGGUUUGCUGAGCUCCUUGAGGUCGCUGGUGCCGAGGGGGAGCCCCGGGCCCAGCAGCGACGCCGCAAGUCACCGGCCCUCGAACCCGCCGGCCGCGCAAGUUCCCGACUCGGCGCGCUCCAGUAGCCGGUCCUUUGACAUCCUCUCGCAGUCCAGCAGCGACGGCGCGUCUGACCCCUCCUCACCGGGGAGAGGCGGCUCGGCCGAGGAGGCCACUGGCCGGCCACCACCGGGCGCCGCCUCGGCCAGUUCCUCGGCCGCAUCGCUGACACCCUACGCCAAGGUGCAGGACCCGGGGGCCGGCCCGCCGGAGUAGCCCCCCCCCCC